GGAGACUACCAAGCAACUCCCGACUUAGCUCAAGUCUGUCAUACUGAGCUCACAAGUUUUACGGGAGGAAAUAAAAAUACGGUAAAUCCUCGGACCACAGAUCCAUCGGAAAUACAAACCAAACCAAACCGAGCCAAGCAAUCCGUGUCGAGCGAUAUACAUACCUCACCAUGUUUGCUCGAGGCCUCACGGCUACGAGGCCCUUCCUCCGCACGUUCCCGAGAUCCAUGGGUGCGACUGCAUCAAAACUCCGACCGGUCGUGCCCGGUGGCGGUGGUUUGAAGCAGCAGCAGCAGCAGCAGCAGCAAAGAGCGGUGUUUAUGCGCCGACCGCCUACUUAUCAAUAUCAGAAGUUUCGGAGCAGGGAGCAGUUGGUCCGGCACUUGUGGGGGGAUCCGAACUUUAGGUGUGUUUCUUGCUCUCUUCUCUCAUCACUAACGAUGGCUUAAUUGACCAAUUGCCCCCGGUAACGUAGGAGGUUCGUGGGAGUGGUCAUUCUUGGAGGGGGGGUCUUCUAUGUGUAUAAUCUCGAGACGGUACCCGUUUCCGGGAGACGGAGGUUUAAUAUCUUCAGCGCGGAGAUGGAGGCUCAGAUAGCGCAGCAGGCGUAAUACCUCACUGGGAGCAGAAACCCGUUUGCCCCAAAUAUCCCGUUUGGAAUGGGCAAUGGGGGGGAAGCGAAAGUCCUUUCUAACUUUAUGGAAUGCGAAUAGGUAUGCCGAGGUGAAGGAGAACUACCGGGGGCAGAUACUGUCCUCCUAUCACCCUACGACGAGAUAUGUCAAGAGGGUUAUGGAUCGGUAGGAUAGCUUGCAUUUUCUGCCCCCCACUCGUCGCGCUCCCUACCUUCCUUCUGGGGAUAUGAGGGCGCGUAGGGCGAAUAUGUGGCUUUUUUCCCCCUUUUUUCGGUCGAUUGAUCACCGGCUAGACUAAUUGUGAGCACAGGCUGGUGCCGGUGUCUGGACUUGGGGACCUAAAAUGGGAGGUUUUUGUUAUAAAAGACGAUUCCAUCAAGAACGCUUUUGUUAUUCCGGGGUUAGUGAGGCAGAUUCGGCUCCCGAAAUUAUGAUUUUGAUGUUUCUUCCCCUCCCUUCUUCUUUUACUGAUAGACAGUACGAGUAGUGGCAAAGUCUUUGUAUUCAGGUAUGUACCGUACGUAACCGACAAUUGGGGGCCCACCUAUGGCUCAUAGGUUGAAAAGUGGGGGAGGCGGAAGUGGGGCUGGGAGGGGCUUGAAGGAGGGCCCCAAGAAAACACAUCACUCAGCGGAUGCUAACCCGAUGUGAGUGGGAUACUGGGUAUCUGUGGAGAUGAAGAUGGUCUGGCAGCUGUUAUGUCGCACGAGAUUUCUCAUACCGUUGCUCACCAUGCAUCUGAGACCAUGAGCAAAUCAUUUCUUGCAAUAGCCGGUUUGCUUCUUCUCUCAGUUGUGAGCGGCACGAACACCAGUUUUCUUGGGGAUAUCAUGGAUCUGGCUUUCCUUCGACCUGGUUCGAGGAGACAAGAGGUACGGCGCUCGCAAAUUGCUUUCUUCUUUACGGAUCUUCAUAUCGUAUUCCCUAAAGUCAUCCCUAUUCCCUUAUUUUUUCCUCGCAUGAUGUGAUGGUGCUGCUUGUUUCUGACCCUCUGAUCCCCCGGGUAGGCUGAGGUAUGUCACUCUGGAGCAGUUUGAUCUGUGCAAACGCCAUAAACCCUCUCGUCUCGAAGCGGGAGCUUGAAUAAGGCUAUUUACUUACCUUUUUUUUUCUGGCUUGGAUUUUCCCUUUGUAGGCUGACUAUAUCGGAUUGAUGAUGAUGGCUGAAGCAUGUGUGAGCUACUCCCGAUCCCGACCUUACUGCAUAAAAUUGGUCGGAAUCGUAUUUGCUUUUUUUUUUGUUGGAAAGAGCCGACUAAUCGUCCAAUUAUUAUAGUAUGAUCCGUCGGGGGCGGUUGGACUGUGGGAGAGGAUGGAGAAAGCACAAGAAUUCGAAGCGCCACAGUUUCUAUCUACUCAUCCUGCUGUACUACUGCCCUUUCCCCCACCCUCUCUCGGUAGAUCAUAUGUGGAGGGGUUGGCCCGGCUGACAUUGUCGGUACACAGCACAAAACUAGGAUUCGUAAUAUCAAAGGAUGGUGAGCGGCUCCAUGCUGGGUAUAUCAGAUGUGAUAUCAAAUGUACUCAUAUCAUACGAUAAACAGGCUACCAGAGGCUUUGCAAAAGUUGGAAAAUAGCGAAUGCGCUGGAAUGACCAUGGACUAUGCUUUGGAAUUCCGAAAGGCGUUCGGUUAUCCAAAUUGGUAGCCCUGCAUCAUGGAAGGAUUGUUCCAUGUUGGGGGGGAGGGGGGAUUAGAAACAAAUAUCAAUCUUGUCGCCGCUCU